UGUAAAUUAUUUUUUUCUUUGAGAUAACUAAAACGUAUCCUUAGUUUAAACUAUUUAUACUUGGCUUAGGUUCAUCUUAAAAUUAACCUUAAAAUUAGAACACAAUUUUAAGGGAAACCUUAAAAUUAGAAUACAAUUAUAUUAAUACACUAGACAGUUGUCAGCACUUAUAAUGCCUAACUGGAAACUAAUUGGUGCCAUGGUAUUACCAAAUGUUGGAGGAUGGCUUGGUGCCCUUUCAAUGGCAGGCCAAGUGCGAAGCCCUACUGGGAAGGCUUGGUAUGACGAUUUAAAUAAACCUAGCUGGCAGCCGCCGAAGUGGGUGUUUGGGCCAGCUUGGACUGCAUUAUACACAGGGAUGGGAUAUGCUUCUUAUAUGGUGUAUGAGGACUGUGGUGGAUUUACAGAUGAUUCGCUGGUACCUCUGGGAUUAUUUGCAUCCCAGCUAGUACUGAACUGGACUUGGUCACCAAUAUUCUUCAAGUUCCACAAACUUGGUUUGGCCUUCUACCACAUCUUAGCGUUGGACGUGGCAGCCGGUGCGUGUACUGUCAGCUUCUUCAGAGUCAACAAGAAGACCUUGUACUUAAUGGCUCCGUACCUUUGCUGGUUGACAUUUGCGUCGUUCCUCAAUUACACGAUCUGGAAACUUAAUCCUAACAUUGAGGAAACCAAAAGGGAAGAAUAACUUUCUCUAUAAUAUCUACAACCAACAUAUAUGUACCUACAUGCAUUUUGAUUUAUAUAACGUAGGGUGAAAAUAGGGUUAAAUAGGUACAAGUGUAAGCACAUUUAACAGGUUGUAAUGAUUUUUAUUUUAUUAUACAAAUAGUACAAAACGAGACUCACAAUCGCCUAUUAAAAAGUCGUCAAAAAAUAUCCGAGCCGCGUUGUAUACACGCACCCAUUAACUUUACAGAUAACAUUAAAACGAUUAUUAAAAUUAACACCUUAUUUCGUAGCAAUGUUCAAAGUCUUUUGUAUACGCUAAUUAGAUGUAGUGACACUACGUAACGCACGAGACGGACGCGAAUCUGACCGAAUAAAAUUUGUUUUAUUGCAAUGUAAUUGUUUAGCAAAAUUAUUAAAAAACGUCAAGUGAGAUACACAAUUUUGUUAAUUUAAAGGGGGCAAACCUAACUGAAAUACGAAUCUCCAUCCUUAUAAAGUUUGGAUAACCUGUUUUUCACUGAACAUUUUGUCAUUGCGUUGUAUUCACAGCGCGGUCGAAAUACAACUGAACGAAAACUCUACCUAAUAGACACGUAGGCAGAGUUUUGUUUCAGACAAUUUUUGAGCGUGAUUGUGAGUCUUGUUGUUUUUUGGACUUCAAUGGUUCUCGGCUAUUUUUUGACACCACGUUAACUUAUAUGGAAGUAUCUGUAUUUAAAUAAUAAAAAUCAAAAUCAAAUAACUCUUUCAUAAGUAUAUCAUUUUGAAUGAUUAUUGAAAUUAUUAUUUAUUUACUGUGACAUUUCGUUUUGCAUUGGAGGUACCUGUGACCAAGCAGCAAAGUUAGCGAAACUUCGGUAUAAAUAAAUAGUUAUAAUAUUCGAUGGUAAUUAAUGUUACAAUUCUGAUAUUAUAAUAAUAGUUUUAAACUUUCUUAAGCUGAAAUUUUGCCCUCGUUUAUAUUUUAAUCUAUAGCAGAUUAUAAUAUAAACGAGGGCUAUAGAUAGCUAUUCUGGGAAAUAUGUUCACUCGUUAUUUGCAGCAAAUUUAUUUGUUUACCUAUAGAAAUACUGAUUUGACUGUCUAUGACAGAUCUAUUUUAGGUAUUUACAUAGAUACCUAUGUAUAUAAGAUAUUAAGGCCAUAGAAAAUAUACCAAAAAAUGUCUAUAUUAUGUACAAUGUAUGCAAAGAAUUAGUAUUUUUUAUAAUGGUAUUACAAAAACACAUUUACCUCAAAGAUCAAUGAAUAUAAUUCACUCAAAGAGGAAAAAGACUUCAGAUAAUUCAUUUCAUAAAUGUAUAAAUAAAAAUGAGUUGCAUAUCGGAAUAUUGAAUUUGAAUAUUUUUCUUUGUAAGAUUUUAUUUUAAUCUAACUUUUUUAUAAAACUCUACUAUACUUAUUAAACAUAAGAUCAAAUAAUUAUUUAUAUUUUUUUUGCAUGAACAAAACAUUGUCGUAAAAUAAAGGUGUGUACAGAUUGUCACAAAUGGUGCUAUUUUACACAAUCAUAACGUAUUUAAAUAAAGUACAAAUAUAAUGUAUCUAAUGUAAAGAAUAUGUUUUGUUUUUAUAAAUAUAAACCUUCUUGAAACUA